AUGUCUAUCCAAACUCAAACUAUUAUCACCUCAACCAACAAAGCAGCAAGGCAUUUAGUUGCUGCUAGAGCAGGCAAAACUAUGGAUAUGUCUAUGGCUCUUAAGGAGAGUCCCCCAUCUCUUUUAGAUCUCUCUCAGCAUUGGCCAAUGAUGGAAAGCAUUUGUUCAGGAAUGAACUUUCAUGAUAUUGUCAGCCUAUCCAGAACUUCGAAACGGUUUUCAAGCUUGCCAGAAACGAUGUCGAAGACUCAAUUAAACAUCGACUCUAUUCUCCAACACUUCGUUAAAGACCCCGAAGCGCUCAGAUUGAAAAUGGCACAAACUAAUAAGAGGUCUAUAAGAUUGAAAGAUGGAAUGUGUGUUAUUGUGGGGGAAGAGGAUGAUGAAAAGGCUUUCAAGAAAUUUAUUUGUGAAGAGGAAGGUUACAAGUACCUUGAAGUUGAAGACUCAUCAACCCAAAUACCGGACACAAGUUUGACUUGGGAGUGGCCUGCAGUGGUUAGAGAUGAUCGAGAUCCUCCAGCCUCAAAAAUGUAUGAACGUAGUUUUAUAUAUAGACCACACGCUCAUCGUGUUACUCACGCAGCGAUACCACCUAUUUUAGCAGCUCUACUGUGCUUUCCGGAUGCCUCGUCGGCAAACUAUAUUACAUGUCACAAAGCAUACUCAAUGUUUCCUAACUCAGUGCUUAGGCACAAAGCAUUAUGGUUGUAUGGACCUCAUCCUGGUCAUGAUCAGAUGAUGCCUAAAUAUGUUAAAAAUGGAUGGAAGCUGAUAACGCCUUCACCUCUAGAAUACAGCCGAACCUCCUCAGAAACAAAUACGGCGAAUGAAAAGCGACACUACCAACAUUUCAUACCAGAUACCUUCCGAUGGAUUGGCGACAAGCACACUUGGACGAUAGAGCAUCCAGAACUACCACUUAGUCUUCCCCUGGACACAACUAGAACCCCAAAAAUCCCAGAUAUAGCUACAGAACUAACCUUUGUUACCAUCACUACAAACUUCCGACAAUCCUAUUAUGAUUUCAAUGGCCCUGCAUUUUAUCGUAGUGAGAGUGCAUUUUACUACACAACAAGUCUGAAACAUUGCUAUGGAAACACACAUCGAAACGACUUCGCCAUGGAAAAGUCAAAUUUCUGGUCACACGUCAACAAUCAGCUGUUCUCAUACUCACAGAAGCAAGCGCUCGACAAGCUUUCUCUUGAUCAGUCUAUUACUUCACCAAAGAACAAAUGA